UUCUCUUUCCGGGUGUGAUCUCGAUCGUGCUCCAUCGGAUAUUCACCUGCGACAGGUUUGUGUAUCGGCUGUCCGGUUGCAUGCCCGAAUUCCGACGGGCGGAAGGGAGGAGACGGCGACUCCGCCGGAGGAGCGGGGGGGCGGCGGUCGGAGAAUCAACGAGGACGAGCUCCUUCCGAAGAAGUCCAGUCCAGGUCACCGUCUCUCUCUUUCGGAUUUUGAGUGAAGUGCCGUCAUGGAUGAUUGGAGCUGAAAGGGAACACCGCAACCCGAACCGGCCGGUCCGGUUCCCGGGUGGACCGGCGCGGUCCGGGUUCCCAGGGAUCGCGACGUCGGGGGGGGGGGGGGCUCUUAUCCACUUUGAACAGUUUAGAAUUUGGCGGAGGACGCAGUUGCAGCGUCGUGUGAGAGAUUGCAGAGCCAAGAAGAAGAAGAAGAAUGAAGGUGGGAGUGAUCCAUGGAGCUCCUGGCGCAGCCCUGCUUCCCCUGCGACGCGCCAGAGCUACCGUCAAAUGCUCUUCCUCUUCUUCCGGUCAUUUAUCAUUCAUCAAGGAUGUAGCUGCUGCUGAACCUCCUAAGCAUCUUCAUUACUUGCUAAAAGUGCUUCAAACAAGAGGUGAAACGAUAGUGUCUCCAGGAUCUAGGCAAGGGUUGAUCCCCCUAGUCAUUCCUCUGACGCAAAAUCUUUCAGGUGAUGUUACUGGGUUGCUGAGGUGGCCAACAGCCCCACCUGGGAUGGAGAUGCCGGUUGUUGGAGUCCACAAGCAUGGCGUGUGGCUAUUAGCUAAGAAUGUUGAUCGGUAUAUACAUAGGAUUCUCGUUGAAGAAGAUGCCAAUUCACAGAAGAGUAGUGAUGACCUCUACCAUACUUCAUCUGAGGCUGGUAAGGAACUUUAUAACAAGGGUGAUUUUGCAAAAUCACAGAUUAAGAAUCUUGAGGCGUAUCUCUUGAAAAAGGUUGGUAUGUUUCCAGAUGUCUUGGAGCGCAAGGUGGCUCGCCACUUUGACGAGGGGGAUGUAGUGUCAGCCAUGGUGACUGGAGAGUUUUAUACAAAGAAAGAUCUCUUUCCAGGAUUUGGACGUCCUUUUGCCUUUUAUGCGGAGAUUUUACUAAGAGUUGGACGGGCCUCAGAAGCUAAAGAUGCUGCCAGGGUGGCUCUAAAAUCGCCAUGGUGGACAUUAGGCUGCACAUAUGAGGAAGUCGCUCAAAUAGCACAGUGGGAGGAUGAACAAAUAGAGUACAUCAAAGAAAAAGUGUCGGAAGAGGGAAAACAAGAGGAUAUCAAGAAGGGCAAGGCACCUGCACAGGUCUCUUUGGACGAGGCUGCUUUCUUGCUAGAUUUAGCUUCUGUUGAGGGGACCUGGUCUGACCAUCUCGAGCGAAUCGCCGAAUGUUACAGGGAAGCGGGACUCAAUGAUAUAGCCGAGUUUGUUCUGUACCAGGAUUGAGAACCCACCCCCGAAUGAGGAUGACGACAUCUUUCGUCGACACGAAGAAGCCAUGAUCGUUUUGAUUUAAUUGUGUUCGACAGCAAGAGAAGGUCGACGGGGAUGCGUUACCCCUGGGAUCCAGUGAAAGAGUGAGAUGAUUCGGAGGGAUCAUAAAUUUCCUAGUGACAGGUCGGAUCAGAUGCGACUCGUAUUCCGGGUAGUCGGUCUUUUUUCCGUGUUUUUUAAGCAGGGGUUGGUGUAUAUCUUUAUUUGAUGAUUCUUUGAGGGAAUCGAAAGGCUGAUUUAACGGGUGAGUUCAUUCUUGGA